AUGGAUCCUCAUCUUUAUGAGGGAAAGGUGCUUAAUAUUGAACAUUGCGAUCAAAUAAUACCACAAUUUAGCAAAUGGGAAAGAAAAGGGAAAAUUUGCUGCUUUAAUAUUGCAUAUUUUCCAGAAAUUAAAUCUUAUUUUAUCAAUCAAUGGGAAUGCAAUUGUAAAUUUCCUCCAAUUGUCUUAAUUCUCUUCUUUUUAUCAUUAGUAGCUGGCUUAUGGUCCGCAAUAGCCAAUGACAAAAUCACGAAAAAAUAUAAGAUCGUUAUUGUAGUUGUUUUAUCAAUAGUUUUCAUGCUUUGGUUCAUUUCUUACAUGUUGUGCAUGUGUCGUUCGCCAGGAUACGUCCCAUUUUAUUGGGCUGUCGAAAGAAGGGAAGAAUAUACUUAUGAAGAACAAAUGGAUGGUAUCAUCACCAACAACGAUCAAUUUAACUUUGCUAAAAGUAACGAUCGUCCUCAGCGCGGUUCUCUUAGUAUUCAAGCGAGGAGACUAGUUUUACGCGCAGAUCACGUUUGCAAAUGGGUAUCAAACUGGAUUGGUCUCAAAAACUAUCGAUUAUUCUACCUUCAGCUCUUCUGGACGUUCUGGACUUUCAUGGUUUUCUUUGUUAUAAUUGGUCUCGAGAUAUGGAGUAUCGUUGAUGCUAAAAAGUUCACUGCUACAGCUCCGCGUGUUUUAAUUUGCAUAUUAAUACUUCCAGACCUCGGUUUCUUCUUGUUUUUCAUGACAAUAUUUUUACGCCAUACAAAAUAUCUUUUCCACAACGAAACAACACUCGGAGAGUUCAAGAAAGCCAGCUUAGAAGACAAACAUAACUAUUACGAUCUCGGUUGCUGUGCAAAUAUCAGAGAAACAUGCGGACCAUGCAGUUACUGCCCAGUUUAUCUCUGCCCAUUCCCAAUCCCAAGAGUUAAUGAUGGAUACGAAUGGAAAGUUAACAGAGAUAAUGAUCCUGACCAAUUGCCCGAAUAUCCGAAAGUUACUGAAGAAUACGUUAGAGCUUGUCCAACAGUAGAAGAGAAUGAGCGUGGAAAGCCAGUACCUACUUAUGAACAGGUUGCCAAUGGACUCAUUCCAGAUUUCGAACUUUUACCACCAACAGGAAUGACUCCUCCGCCAAAGGAUCCUGAGAAUCCUCCAGCAAAUGAAGAGCAGCCACCACAGGAAGAGGAAGAAAAGAAACAUAAGAAGGAUAAAAAAGAAAAGAAAGAUAAAAAGCAUAAGAAGGAUAAGAAGAAGAAGGCGAAAAAGGAAAAGAAGGAGGAAGUCGAAGAAGCUCCUCAAGAUAUCGAAAAUGUUUCAGAUGCACCAGAUCAAUCUGGAUCUGGCUCAGGAAUCGAGGCUUAA